AUGAAAUUUAAUUAUUUCUUUGUUUUUUUUGUUUUUAUUAUUUUAAUUGAAUUUACAAUGGCAUCCACAAAUGAUUUAAAUUCAAAAUACAUUGACAAACAAGGAAAUUAUAAAAAAAGUUCAUUAAGGGAAAUUAUUUCAAAUAACCAUCCAGUUUUUAAACCAGAAAAUAAUAGAUACCAUAUUUAUCAUAGUUAUGGAUGUCCAUUUUCAACAAGAGUUUUAAUUACAUUGGAAUUAAAAGGAUUAAAUAAUUGUAUAGAUAAUUCAGUUGCAGAUUAUAUUGUUGAUAAAUCAAUUGGAUGGGCAUUUACAAAGACAACUGAAGGAUGUACAAUUGAUAAAGUUAAUAAUUUUAAAAGUGUAAAAGAGAUUUAUCAAUUAAAUGAUAAGAAUUAUAAUGGAAAAAUAACAUUACCAAUUUUAUUUGAUAAGAAAACCAAUGUCAUUGUAAAUAAUGAUUCUUCAGAGAUUAUGAGAAUGUUAAAUAAAGAAUUUAAUGAAUUUUCAAAUAAAAAACCAGGAGAUAAGGAUUACUAUGAUUUAUACCCAAUGGAAUAUCAAGAUAGUAUAAAUGAAAUAAAUGAAUUCAUAUUACCAACUAUUAAUCUUGGUGUUUAUAAAUGUGGUUUAGCAAAUACUCAACAAGAGUACACAGACAAGUUUAACAUACUUUUCAAUGCAUUGGAUAGAAUUGAAGAUACAUUAAAAAGGGAUAGAUAUUUAGUAGUUGGUAGUGACAAAAUCACAGAAUCUGAUAUAAAAUUAUUUUCAACUCUAAUUAGAUUCGAUGCUGCCUAUUUACAAUUAUUUAAAUGUAAUAAAAAACAAAUUAAAGAAUAUCCAAUGUUAUCAAAUUAUGUUCGUGAACUUUAUCAAAUUAAAGAAAUUAAUUCAACUAUUAAUUUUCAUCAUAUAAAAUAUUGGUUAUUUACAUUUUUUGAAAAUGUAAAUCCUUUAAAAAUAGUUCCAAUUGGUCCAGAUUUACAAUGGUUAAAUGAAUCUCAUAAUCGUCAUUUAAUGUCAAAAUAUUAUUAA